AUGCUUGAAAAUCCUGCUUCUAGGCUUGUCUCAUAAAAGAAACGAAUUAAUCCGUUCACAUUUGAAAUUAUGAAAUAAACAAAGCAAAGAACAAGGUAAAAAAACAGAAAAAAAAUUGGUGGUCCUAUCUAAAAUACAAAAUUGGAAUUAUCAUAACCAAGAUAAUCAAAUCUACUGUUGUAUGGAGGAUAUGAGCUUUUAGAAUCUAACUAAAAUAUAUGUCAAAGGGCAUUUGAUGUGUUUAUUGGAUCAAAUGUAAUCACAUAAAAUAAUGCUCUCAAAAACGUAUAUAUCUCGUAAGUACUGAAACCAAUACCACCAUAAAUUCCAACUGAGAUUGCUGUCGCUACUGUAUCUCCUAUGAUUUUGAUAUUGUUGAUGUCCCAUCCUUCAAUCUGA